GGCAAGAUGGCAGCCUCCGAGACGGUUAGGCUACGGCUUCAAUUUGACUACCCGCCGCCAGCUACCCCACACUGCACGGCCUUCUGGCUCCUGGUCGACUUGAACAGAUGCCGAGUCGUCACGGAUCUCAUCAGUCUCAUCCGUCAGCGCUUCGGCUUCAGUUCUGGGGCCCUCCUAGGCCUCUACCUGGAGGGGGGACUCUUGCCCCCUGCCGAAAGCGCGCGCCUGGUGAGAGACAACGACUGCCUCAGAGUUAAAUUAGAAGAGAGAGGAGUUGCUGAGAAUUCUGUGAUGGUCAGUAAUGGUGACGGUACUCAUUUAUCACCUAGAAAAGCAAAGAAGCGGGCAUUUAAGUUAGAGGACAAUGAAGAAAUUGAACUAGGUUACAAAUAUUCAAAGAAACAUUGGAAGAGGCAAGAGAAUAAUGCGAAGGCCUUGGAUCUGGAACCAAAAGCUGUCACAGAUCAGACUGUGAGGAAAAAAAACAAGAGAAAAAAUAAAGCAAUAGGCAGCGUAGUGGAUGAUGAUGAUGGAGAGACCAAAAGAAAAUCACCAAAGAAAAAGGAGAAGUGUGAAUAUAAAAAAAAGGCCAAGAGCCCCAAGUCUCCUAAAGCACAGACAGUGAAAGAGUGGACCACCCAGAACUGUAGUCCUUCAAAACGAUCUGCCAGAAGUAACCUUGUUAAAGCCAGGAGGAAAGGUGGUGUAGGCAUUUGUCCAAAAGAUAGUCCCAGUUCCUCUUCGGAGUCUGAGUCUUGUCAUCAAUCAACCAGUGAUGGUCUCAGCAAUGUCACUUUGGAGGUCAGAAAUUCCUUAGAGAAAAUAACAACUGAGUUAUCAAAGGAAGGACCCUCUACAAAAAAUACAACUGGAAACAAACAGGCUGCAAAAAGUGGCUUUAACCUUACCUCCAGCAAGAGCCAGAUUACCAAAACAUCAUCUUCUGGUUCAGACUCUAGUUCAGAGUCAGAGGACCAAUGCAUGGUGUCAAAGAGCACCCCCAAGUGUGCUUCAGCUUUUUUAAAGACAGUAGGCCUCUUUGCAGGAAGAGGUUGUCCAGGUCCGGGGCGGUCAUCGCAGACUCCAAGUGCUGCUGGAUGGAAGCAUUCUGACUCAGAUGGUGGCAGACAGGCUCCUGGUCCUCCUCCCAAUGUGUCUCUCCCCACUAGUGUAGGAAGAGGAUGGGGUAGAGGAGAGGACCUUCUUUCUUGGAAGGGAGCUAGGGGUCGGGGCAUGCGGGGGAGAGGUCGGGGACGAGGGCAAGCUGUUCCCUUUGUUUUAAAUAGAAACACUGAAUAUAUGAAGCAGCAGCAAUUAAAUGAGAUGCUAACAAACUCAUCAACUAUUAUCCAGAAUCCAGUAGAGACACACAAGAAGGAUUAUAGUCUGUUACCACUGUUAGCAGCUGCCCCUCAAGUUGGAGAAAAGAUUGCAUUCAAGCUUUUGGAACUAACAUCUGAUUAUUCUCCUGAUGUCUCUGACUACAAGGAAGGAAAAAUAUUAAGCCACAAUCCAGAGACCCAGCAAGUAGAUAUAGAAAUUCUUUCAUCCUUACCUGCCUUGAAAGAACCUGGGAAAUUUGACUUGGUUUAUCACAACGAAAAUGGAACUGAGGUCGUGGAAUAUGCUGUGAUGCAGGAGAGGAGGAUCACUGUUUUUUGGAGGGAGUUGAUUGAUCCAAGAUUGAUUAUUGAAUCUCCGAGUAAAACAUCGAGUAGAGAACUUGUCUGAGCGUGAUGCCUCCACCUCAUAGUUUAUAAAUGUCUUGUUUGUGAAAGUGACUAUAACCUGACCUUUAAAACAAAAAAAAAGGGGUUGAAAAUUGCAUGGAUUUUUUGUUAUCUUCACUUUACCGCAUAGGAAAAAAAUCUACCUCAUCAUUUAAAAUAACAUGGGUGUUGGUUUUGUAGAUCUUUUUUUUUUUUUUCAGGUUUAAUUUCAGUUAACAAAUUUAAAACAUGACAUUCCCUGAAGGCAUUGUUACAUAUUAGUAUAUAUGGUUUCUUCUCUUUUUAAAAUUUUUUUGGCCAUCAAGUAGCAAUCGUCAGUUGGAAUUUAUAAUACCAGGUACAAAAAUGUGCUGCAUAUCUUGUCUCAAUUAUUAAGUAACAUUUUAAAACAGUAAAGCAUGUUACUUGACCUAAUUUUUUGACAUUUGAGUUGAUCCAUUAAAUGUGGAACAUCUCACAAACUUCACGUAUUUUAUAUUUGCAAAAGAGUUAACAGGUGGUUGGAUUUGUUCCAGGCAGUGAGUUAAGGAAUCCUUUCACAUUUUUUCCAACUUUAAAACUAAGGAUUUUCAGGGUCCUGUGUAGAGCAGUGGAAAUAAGAUCCCACGUGUGUGCCUGGAGGAUAACUGGUGUUCCACCUGGGUGAGAACAUUUGCUGUGAGCUUCAGGCCAGGGGAUGUGUUAUCUUGCGACGUGAUGCCAAGAACCUGGCUGAGCAUACUUGGAGUGAGGAUCUUGAACAGAAUCUCCUUUUCUGUUGUUAUUCUUUACAAAGCUAAAAUGGCUAAAUAUAUACUGUGGAAAUUGCUUUCUUUUAACAAAAGAUCAGAUUCCUCCUUCAGUUUUGCAAAUUUUUGAAUAAAAUCAUAUUGAACUAAA